ACAUAUGUAUAAGAAGCCUUCCCGAAAGAGCCCCAUCUUCAGUAGCUGUCAUUAUGUUGCCGUUUCUGUAUGUGCUGACGAUUGUCGCUGGCAGCUGCUGUGUCUCCGGCCAGGUGCUGUAUCCACCGCAGUACACAAACACUCGGAUUGUGGGUGGCGAGGAAGCAUCCGAGGGCGUGGCCCCCUAUCAGAUAUCGCUCCAAGGAGCAGCCAGUGGACAGCACUCCUGCGGCGGAGCCAUCAUCGAUGAGCGCUGGAUCAUCACGGCUGCCCACUGUACUCGGGGCAAGCAGGCCACAUCGUUCCGUGUGCUGGCUGGGACCCAGGACCUGCAGCAGAAUGCAACGAAGUACUACUAUCCGGACAGGAUCGUCGAGCACUGCAACUACGAGCCGCGCAAAUACCGUAACGACAUUGCCCUGCUGCACCUGAACGAGUCGAUUGUGUUCGACAAUGCCACGCAGCCGGUGGAGCUGGACCACGAGCCACUGGUGCCUGGCUCCCGACUCCUGCUCACCGGCUGGGGCACUCUGUCGCUGGGCGGAGAGGUGCCUGCUCGCCUGCAGAGCCUGGAGGUCAAGUAUGUGCCCUUCGAGCAGUGUAGAGCUGCCCACGACAACAGCACACGCGUGGACAUUGGCCAUGUCUGCACGUUCAACGACAAGGGACGAGGAGCCUGCCACGGCGACUCCGGCGGACCCCUGGUCCACAAUGGCCGUCUAGUGGCUCUGGUCAAUUGGGGCAUGCCCUGUGCCCGGGGAUAUCCAGAUGCUCAUGCCUCCAUCGCAUACUACCAUGACUUCAUACGCACUCACCUGAGUCUUUCCGAAACGGAGAGUGCCGAGGGAACUCCGGAGGAAAUGAAAGUGUUGAGGAGUAGAAGACAUUACAGCUAAAAAGGAUACAAAUAAAGUGA